AUGUACCGUUUCCCGCUUCAUUUCCUCCUUUACACAUGCGCCAUUUUGUCUCUACUGGCGCUGGUAGAGAUCUCAUUUUUCUACAGCAAUCAGAAAGAUGAGCAACAAUACGAAAUCCAUAAAUAUUCAAUGGAAGACGAGUCGGCGAUUAAUGAAAGUGUCGACUUUGAACUGAAAAAGCGUCGUUUACCCGGAUGUCUUAUUAUUGGAGCCAGGAAAGGUGGAACUCGAGCGCUCCUCGACGCGUUGGCUCUUCAUCCAAUGAUCCGAGCGGCCAGAAGAGAGGUUCACUUUUUUGAUCGAAAUGAUACUUUUUCGCGGGGAAUCGCUUGGUAUAAAGAUCAAAUGCCACUUUCAUUUCAUCACCAAUUAACAAUCGAGAAAACACCAGCCUACUUUCCAUCAUUCGUAACUCCGGAAAGAGUCUUUCAGAUGAAUUCAAAAAUGAAAAUCAUUGUGAUUUUGAGAGAGCCCGUUAUUCGAACGAUCAGUGAUUACACACAGGUCUACUACAAUCGUUUAGAGUUGAAAAAGUCAUUGCCACUUUUUGGGGAAGUUGUUUUCCGAAAUGGAACUGAUCAGAUUGAUACAGAUUAUAAACCUGUUAGGAAUUCACUUUAUGAGAUUCAUUUAAGAUCUUGGCUCAACUAUUUUCCCCUUUCGCAAAUCCAUAUCGUCGAUGGAGACAAAUUUGGGAUCGAUCCGCUUCCAGAGUUACGACUGGUAGAGAGUUUCUUGAAUGUUCCGCAUCUUAUCAACUCCUCAUCUCUUGUCUGGGAUCAACGAAAAGGGUUUUUCUGUUUUCGAAAGAAUCAACGCCAACCACCGCAUUGUCUCGGGGAUUCAAAGGGUCGAACCCAUCGCCCAGUCUCAUCAUCAACACGGGAAAAUCUCCGAAAAGCUUUUCUUCCGUACAAUGAGCGACUUUUUGCGUUAAUUGGUCGACGAUUUCGAUGG